UCGUUGUUUGGUUGGUUGUUUGGUUUUUAAAGCAAGGUCUCAUGUAACCUGUUUUGACCUUGAGCUCCUUAUGUAUGGAAGGAUGACCUGAAAUCUGAAUCCUCCUGCCUCUUCCUUCUCAUGUGCUGAGAGCCUGCAGGCCUAAUCCAAAUUCUGGGAGGGACCUGAUGGGGAUAGAGAAGGAUUCCGUUGGUAUAAAAGAUUCCUGGCUCAUCUGUGACUCCUGCCUCCCACUUCCAGCCCCCCAGAUGGCUUUGCCCUGCAGUCGCAAGUCCAAGACUCCCAAGACACUGGCUUUCCUUCUAGUGGGUAUGACUUUCGUGGUGCUGAACCAGUGGCUCCUCCAGGUGCCCAUGCGGGAGAAAGCCAACGGUUCCGUGGUCACUCCCUGGUCUUCUGAAGCUGCGGUGCUGCAUUUGCCACUCCUCCCGGCGCCCCCCUGCGAGGCCAACGCCUCUGUGGACCUCCUGGAUGGCUUCCAGGAGUUGCCCGCUAGGAUCCAAGACUUCCUGCGCUACCGCCACUGCCGCCGCUUCCCGCAGCUGUGGGACGCGCCGCACAAAUGCGUGGGGCCCCACGGCGUCUUCCUGUUGCUGGCCGUGAAGUCGUCGCCUGCGCACUACGAGCGGCGCGAGCUGAUCCGGCGCACGUGGGGCCAGGAGCGCAGCUACAGCGGCCAGCAAGUGCGUCGCCUCUUCCUGGUGGGGACCUCCUCUCCGGAGGAGGCGGCUCGCGAGCCUCAGCUGGCCGAUCUGCUGAGCCUGGAGGCGCGCGAGCACGGCGACGUGCUGCAGUGGGACUUCAAGGACACCUUCCUCAACCUCACACUCAAGCACCUGCACCUGCUCGACUGGACAGAGGAGCACUGCCCGGGCGUGAGCUUCCUGCUCAGCUGCGACGACGACGUCUUCGUGCACACGGCCAACGUGCUGCGCUUCCUGGAGGUGCAGUCGCCCGAGCGCCACCUCUUCACCGGGCAGCUCAUGGCUGGUUCUGUGCCCAUCCGCGAAAGCUGGAGCAAGUACUUCGUGCCCCGACAGCUCUUCCCGGGCACAGCCUACCCUGUGUACUGCAGCGGCGGCGGCUUCCUUAUGUCCCGCCGCACAGCCCAGGACCUGCGCAGAGCCUCACACCAUGUCCCGGUUUUCCCCAUCGACGACGCCUACAUGGGCAUGUGUCUGCAGCAGGCCGGCCUGGCACCCAGCAACCACGAAGGCAUCCGGCCCUUCGGCGUGCAGCUGCCCGGUACGAAACGCUCAUCCUUUGACCCCUGCAUGUACCGCGAGCUGCUGCUGGUGCACCGCUUUGCGCCUUAUGAGAUGCUGCUCAUGUGGAAGGCGCUGCACGACCCGGCGCUGCAGUGUAGCCACAGACAGGAUGCAGGGUCUCCCGAGGUCAGAGAGGAAAUGAACUCCGAUGCACACUGAUGUCACCCAGAGGACAGAUCUGGAAAACAGUAUAUCCUAGUGCACCUAGUUCCUAACCUCAUCUUCAGGGGUUCUGGUCCUAUUGGUCAGGGGUGGCAUGUGUAGGUGGUAUUUUUCUUGUUUUAAGUCGACUCCAAGAUCUCUGGGCUGGGAAUAUCUAUCUGUUCCUCCUCACACACCAGCCUUCCAGGGCAUCUGUCUUCUAUCCUCCAUUCGUGCCCUCGUGGGCAGCAAGAGAGGCAUGGUGGCCAAGAUCAAUGUCAGCUGUCAAAAGAAGCGCAAUUAUAAAUAGUCAUCUCCACUGUUUGCUCCACUAAUGAGUAGAGCUCCCAGACGUCAGUUUACACUCAGAACUAAAGGGGUGUCUGGCAGCCUCGCUUCCGCCAUGUUCCAGGACUCUGGUGAGGCCAGUAAAAAGCAAAGGCCAUUACAGGCAGUAGCUACACUUGCCUCUCCAAUGCUUUAGGAAGUGCGUGCUUGAGUGGGCAGUGGCCACCUGUCCCGAUGGUGUGGAGUAUGUCUGUGAGAAUAUUGUAUUCGUUUCCUGUUGCUGCUAUAACAAAUUCUCAUUAACUUUCGAAGCCUAGGAAUAAGCCCACUUGGCCUGUAGUUCUCUGACAACACAGGUCUCACUAGGCUAGCACCAAGGUGUUGUCUCACUAGGCUAAGUCAAGGUGGUAAAACUGCUUUCUUUCCUACGUAUUCCACAGGAGAGAACUCUCCGCUCCCAUUCCCUAGCUUCUAGAGGGAGAGAGGGGUCCUUUACCUUCAAAACCAGCAAUGCUACCUUUCCCUACAGCCACAUUUCUCGCUGAUUCUUCUCCUCCAUCCACACCUCCUUCCCUGAAACUAAACCCUGAGUCCACUUGUUAGCCCAGGCUUAGCUUACCAUCUGUUUGUUUGCUCAAGCUGCUCUGAAACUUGUUGGGGAGAUAAGCAUGGUUUUCAGUUCCGGAACCUCCUGCCUUUACCUCCCAAAGGGUGGAUUGCAGGUUUGUCUUCA